ACAAUCCCAGGAUUCCGGCCUGACCAGCCUCGUGUCAUUGGCGUCCAUCUGACAGGUGGGCAACGCAGCCCUGUUGGCCGCCAGUGCCCUAUAAGCUUCGCCGGCAUCUGGAUGGCUGCGCGAUCGAUUUCAAUCUAUACUCUUUUAGCCAUUUUCAAUAUUACUUUCCUAUAUUAUUAUUCUCCAUUACAUCUGCGGAACACGAUUAGAUUCUCCGUCGCGCUUCUGCAGUGCGUCGUAAGUAAACCCGCCCCAUCCUGGCUCCAUGCUUAUCUCCCCACCUCAGCAUUUCUCAAUCUCUUGAACAUCGAACUCUGGUUCGAACCAUAUAACCAGUCCAUCCUGAAACACGACUUCUCAGUCAAAGCAGUCCCAUUGGGCCUCCAGGGGUUCCCUAUCACAUUUUCACUCUCACUCUCUCCCUAUUCACGAUCCUCAAAAUUCCAGUCUCAUCAAAAUCAAAAGCAAAGCCGUUGAGAACGGGGCACUUUGCAGACCAAAUCCCCGCACUGCACUCUGUAGAAGCUUACGUACACCCUCACCUAACAA